AUGACGUGGAGGGCCGAGGAGGAGUCGAGGCCUGAAGUGGGCUCGUCCACAAGCAAGACUCCCGGGUCAUGGACGAGCUCGAUACCGAUCGAGGCACGACGACUCUUGCUGCCGGAGAUCUCAAUUAUUCUCGAGCGGGCCACGUGGCCGAGGUUGAGGUCUCGGAUGACCUGGAGGGCCAGUGGCGGGGAAGAUGGAAGAGACCGGUGUCUCCUCGACCGUGAGGUAGGAGAAGAGGGUGUCGUCGUGGCUGACAUGGCCCGACAGGCAGCGGAAUGUGGAAGGGUCGGCGGGGCGGCCGUUGACGUUCUAGAUGAUGUUGUCACGUCCUGGCUUUUGGAUCUGUAUUCAUUUGAUACAGAGCUACUUCUCCAG